AUGAAUUUAAAAGAUGAAUAAUUUAAUGAAGAAAUCUGUGUGAAAAUAAAGACUUUAGAUAAUCAUAAUUUAGAUGUUCGAAUUAAAUAAAGCCAAACAGUGAGUGAUCUUAAAAAUUUAAUCGAAAUAGUAACUUGUCAUGUUUAGCCAAGGUCUCAACCAUUCCAUCUUCGAGAUAGAGAUUAUUAUUUAAGGGAAGGUAACUUAAUAAUGAGGAUACUUUGAUUUCUUUGAAUAUUGAGGAUUAAUGCGUUGUUCAUUUAGUUGCCAAUAUGCCUGAAUUUGAAUCAUCUCCUUUAAAUAGAGGGUUAUCAACUAGUUCAAUUGAUGAACAUGAUAAUAGAAAUAGUUGUAUUUAUAUAGUAAAUAUUCAGUUGAUGUAUAAGAGAAUAGAAGAAACUCUAGAAAAAAGGUUUUAUAGCAAAGGUUACAUGGAUUUUAAUAAUUGCCUACAAGGAAUUCAUUGUAAUAAAAUGUUAUGACAUUACAUAAUCUUUUAUAAUCAUUCAAUACAGUGGCUGAAGUUAUUGAGCAAGGCUAAAUAUUUGCUUAGAAAGACUUUGAACUAGGUUAAUGGAUCGACUUUAAGGAUUCCUUUGGAGAAUGGGUUGAAGGUUAUAUUGGUUAAAAAUAACAAAAUCAAGUUUUAAUUGUUCAAUAAAAUGGAGAAGAAUGGAUAGGAGUACCAUCUAAUAGAUUAGCAUUAUUCAGAUCUCAUACAAUACAAAAGACUUAUCACAUGUCUCCUAUAUUAAAUAAUCAUGAAUAACAAUAAUUAUGGACCUUUAGUGAACUACUUGGUUAAACAGCUAUGUUGUUAUCUAGAGCUGGAAAUAUGAUGUCUAGAUUGGCAGAUAGCGUAGAAGACAAAUCUAUUCCAUAAAAUAAAAAGGCCGAUAUGUCUAAUCUUAUAACUGGAAUGAUUGAAGAACAAAGAAGAAUACAGGAAGAAAAGGUUGAGAAAUAAGAUGAUGUUACAUCUCUUAAAUCUAUGAAAUCUAUGAAAUCAGAUAAGAUAUCUAUUGAUUAUGAAACAUCAUCAAUUAAAUCAAUGAAGUAACUAUUUGACUUAAAUUAGAUCUGAUAUCUCUAAAUUAACUACUUAUUUUAUUGGUCAUAAUCAUAAUACAAUGAUGGCUGAAAAUAUUGCAGAAGAAGAAGAGAACAGUAGUUAGGACAUGUCAGUUGAUAAUCAAAGAGAUGUGCCUAAUAUUUCCAAAGAAUUUAAGGAAAAUUAUGCUUAUUAUGAGACUUCUUUAUUGGCUGCCUAAUUAGCCCCUCUAUCUGAUCGACUAGGAAGAUUAUUGUAAUAUUUUUAUUUUUAUUUUAUCUAGAGUUGAUUUAUCCCCAUAUCUUGCCUUGAGUGGAUCCAAUAUUAAUAAGUAUCUUUAUGUUAUAUGAAGUAUCUUUCAAAAUCAUCCUAAUUCCAAUAUAUCCAAUUUAUCCAUAAUUACUAAUGAAGGCAGUUAAUAUUCAACAUAAGCUAAACAAUAUUAUUUUUAAGUGCCCAUAUUGUUAACACCUUUUGAAUUGCAUACAUAAUCAUAAUAAGGAACAUCAGCCAACAGAAUUGUAGGAGAUAAUGUAGAUAUCUUAAAUCACUUAAAUAAUAAUAAUAAUGGUAGUAAUCCUCGUUAAAAAAAAACAACAAAAAAAGAGGAAGAAGAGAAAUAACAGUUUGUUACAAUAUCUAAGCAUAAAUUAACUUAAUCAUAUCAUUUAUCAUAUUAAUAAUAGUAAUAACAAUAAUAAUAAUAAUAACAAUAAUAAUAAUAAUAGUAAUAAUAAUUCUAAUAAUAAUAAUAUUAAUAAUUUUAAUAAUAAUAAUAAUAACAAUAACAAUAAUAAUAACAAUAAUAUCAAUAAUAUCAAUAAUAAAUAAAGGAAUCAAAUUUUUAAGUUAUAGAAUAAGAUGAUACCUUAUAAUUAUAACAAUAUUAAUCAUUGAAGAAAGAAUCAACAGAUGGGUAAAUUAAAAAGAAAAAAAAAGGAAAAGAAGUAUCAUUUUCAGAAUAAAUUAAUCAACUGAAAAAAGAUAAAUAGUUUUGA